AUGCAUAACUUGGUGGACGAUAUGCACGUCUUGGUGUACGAUAACACAUGUCCAUCCCGGACAGGUGCUCAAGAAACGAUCCAAGCAGGCACAUUGUCUAUCCGCCCAAUACUCCACUCGGAAGAUUCAUUCUUUGGUGCCGAAGUAUACGGCGUUGAUUGGAGCAAACCUGUUUCAGAUGAUGUCGUCGCGCAAUUGAUCGCUUUGCAAGACAAGUAUGCAGUACUGAUCUUUCGAAAGACGGGGCUAGACAAUAUUCGGCACAUUGCAUUCUCGCAACAAUUGGGCGACAAACUAGAAAUCAAUCCGUUCUUUUACGGACGAGAAAAUGACCGGUUAGGUGAACCGUUACUCUUCGACGUUGCCAACAUCGAGCAAGAUGGUUCUCUGGUGAAGAUGGAUAGUCGCAGGUACUACCACAGUCUGGGCAAUGCGCUAUGGCACACUGACUCCACAUAUCACCAACAUCGGUCCAAGUAUUCCAUACUGCUUUCUCAUGGAAACCCAGUCGAAGGCGGAUCAUGGACCCAUUUUGCAGACACACGUCGUGCGUACAGUGAUCUACCCCAAGCGAAAAAGGACGAGAUUGAGAACCUCGUUGUCGAGCACGAUCUCUGGCAUUCCCGAAAGCUCGCGGCACCAGCUGUGUUUGGAAAUCCCCUUCCUCACGAACUGGCAGCCAAACCACCGGCCUACCACCGUCUCGUGCAAACAGCACCAGACGGGCGGAAAACAUUGUAUCUGGCGGCGCAUGCCAAACGGAUCGUUGGAAAGGAUAUUGAAGAGAGCCAAAGGCUGAUUUGGGAGUUGAUUAAACACUGUACACAGUCAAAAUAUGUCUUCAGCAUGGAGUGGUUGUCUGGGGGCGAUAUGGUCUGGUGGGAUAAUCGCCAAUCGAUGCAUCGUGCCAACCCAUAUACCGCGACGAUGACUGCGAGGGAUGUUCGUCGUUCUACGAUCUAUGAUGAUGGACCGUGGGCUUUGGGCGUCUCGACGGCAGAACUGGAUUAA